CAUACGUGUUAUCCUCAUUUCAAUCAAAUUUAUAUGUAUCAUGUGGAAUGCCAAAAUUAUAGAUGGCCAGUGUGCAGUCUCCGAUACUGUUGGCAAAAACCCGAAUGUUGACAAAAUAGAAAGCACAUUAACUGGGGCGACAUUCCUUCUUCAAACCACAGCCGAGGACUAUAAAAUCUCCUGCUGUGGUGUUGUGACACAGUGGGAUAUCGAUAUUGCUACCAAUGGAACUCUAUAUGCAGAAGUAUGGCGAAACGUGUCAGGAAAUUGGACUUUGGUCGGUGUAAAUACGAUAACUAUUCAAGCCGGGGAUGUGAACACUGUCAAAACAGAACCUAUUGCAGUGGCACAACAAAUAGCUGUACUAGACGGAGAUUUUAUAGGAUUCAAAUCUUCCGAGAAUACCAUAGUUGCAUAUUAUAAAACAAAUAAUGGAGGAGGGAGUAAUGCAAAGCAAGUACAGUUUUCUACAACAUCCGCGCAUACGGUAUCUACUACGUCAACGUUUGCUACCUACACCACAGAAAAGAAAAUCGAAUUUGGUCUCCAAGCGACUCUAGGCCCAGGGUCAAUUCCAACUUUUGCUGCGGGCCUGGCCACCAACAGCACGAUGACUGACGACACGGCUGUAGGAACCACGCUCCUCACAGUGGUGGCCACUGAUCCGGGAGAUACUCUGAAUCUCACACUCCAGUCUACCACCCCUGCGUCUACCGCCAUCAACUUUGAUCCUGCAACAGGUGUCCUUUCAACUGUAUCCCAGAUACCGAUAGGAAACACAGUGUUUGUUUUUAGAGCUACAGAUUUGUGUGGAAACUUUGUCGAACACACCUUUACUCUCACUGUCAUCAAUUACCCUCCAGUGAUAAACAACCUACCAGCCUCAGUAGAAGUCAGCGAGGAUGUGAGCGUGGAGACACAGCUAAUUGUCCUCAAUGUUACUGAUGCGUCAUUGGACGACACGGUCACGUGUACCAUUUCCAGUGUCACGCCUACCCUGACAGCGUUAUAUAUAAGAUACGCAGCAGGAACAUCGAAUUACGCCAUCAGUUUACGGGCGGGCGCUGGACUGGACUACGAUACCGACAAAACGUAUACUGCCAAUGUAAAUUGUACUGACACCAAGGAGACGACCAAUGGGAACUUCACCAUUUAUGUUCUCCGCAACCAGCCACCUGUCAUCACAAACCUGCCAUCAACGGCCAAUUCUGUAGACAUAACAUCCUCGGGAACCUCCAUUGGUACAAUAGUGUUUACUGUGACGUCAACAGAUCAGGAAAACGACCAGCUGUUCUACAACAUGACGUGUACUCCUGCCACGUGUCCAUUCAAGAUCUAUGAUUCCGGAGCCAUUCUGGUGGACAAAGCCCUGGCAGGACUCAAUGACACAGCGUACGACAUGUACAUCUACGUUUAUGAUGGGCAUACAUUGGUAGGACCACGAAGCUUGACCGUCAAAAUCACAGAUAUCAAUACCCCGCCGGUGGUGACCAACCUGCCAACAACAGUGCAUGUUCCUGAGAAUACAGCAGCCUCUACCACAAUUUUCACGGUGACCAAAUCUGACGCCAAUGCUCUUGACACGCACACAUGGACGUCCACCUCCUCUCCGACCAGUGGAGAUCUUUACUUUACCAUCGACCCCAACACUGGUGCCAUUAAAACAUCGUCCAUAAACAUUGACUUCGAAACAAUAGGAACAACGACAUUUCUGUUGAUCGCCUAUGUAUCUGAUGGUCAAGCUUUAGACAGUGGAACCGUUACAAUAUCCAUCAUAAAUCAAAACGAGACUCCUAUGUUUUUACUUUCCACCUACACCAUCACAGGAAAUGAAAGCACAGCAGGAUCUUCUAUUGGUACUCCGCCAUUCUCUGUGAUUGACCCCGAUGCAGGGGCUACCCAGACGUACUCUCAAAAUUGCCCACAGCUCACUAUGGAUCCUACAACGAAACUGGUGACAUUAAGCACCGACUAUGAUGUCGACACCGGAAACCCUACGUCAUUAACGUGCACAGUGACGGUAUCUGAUGGUGAACUGACAGACACGGCUAUCCUAAACGUCAACAUCGACAACAUUAACGAUAACACUCCCACAUUUACCGCUAGUUCCUACUCGUUCUAUGCCUUCUCCACAGCUGACGUGGGUACGAUCAUCGCUAGUCUUCCCGCCACGGAUGGGGACAUUGACACUUUUGGUGACAUUACCUACACAAUAAACCAGACAUCAACAGGCGGUAACUACUUUGGGAUUUCUAACACCGGUGACCUUUUAGUAACCUCCAGUCUGGGGGGAUUCUCAUUAGGAACGACUUUGACGGUCACCAUUACUGCCACAGAUGGUGGUGGUCUCACAGAUUCAGCCACAAUAACACUGGUGAUUCCAGCUGCCACAACUACCACCGUGUCUACCACCACUGACCGCUAUAUGACCUUCUUUGAGGACACGCGAAACGUGGCCUGGUUUGUGACGUGUAUGGCGGUUUUGCUUGGCCUGUUGAUUUUGAUAACCUAUAUUAUUGCCAGAUAUACAAACUUCCAGAAUAUCAAAAGGUCUUGUCAAAGGAUGUGUCGAAGGACGAGGAAAUGGAAACCGAAAAGAAAAGUUAUUUCCAGAGAAUCAACUGCUGUGUCAUCAUUUUCAAAUUCAGUUGCUGUUCACACAUGGAAUGCAUGGAAAAUAACAGACAGUUUUACUCCUAAUUAAACCCUUACAGAUUGAAAUUAUACUAAUAAGAAAGUGUUGCGCCCAUUGUUCCCGAAAAAAAAACAUUUAUAAAAGUGUCGACGUCUUCGUUGCCAAACGUUGUUUUAACAGGAUGAAGAAGAUGGGAUCGCUUAUUGAUGUAAUAUCACGAAAUACCAUGACAGAGUAUUGGGUUGUGUCAUUGUGCGUUCCAAGAUCAUUUGUGCAGAGAUUUCUACUUUUUCUAAAAUUAUAUUAGUAAAGUUUACAAAUAAGUCAAAUUACGAGUGUGGGGCAUCUUUGUAAGAUGUGAUUUCAAAGUGCUAGCAUCAACAGUGUUGGAUUAGAACGGUAAUGAUCUUGAUUAAUGUACUAAUUUUAACUUGAAAAUGAAAUCACAAUUUACGCGAUAUUAGUAGUAUUUUGCUUUAGCUUUGUUGAAAUGCAUGUGAAUUAUGUCACCCCCACCCCCACCCCCCAUCCCCCCACUCUUUCAGGAGGAGACAUAUUGUUUUUAUAUUUUCUGUCCGUCCGUUCGUCCGUCUGUCUGUCAAAAAAUCUUGUGAACGCUUCUCAUCCUAUAUGGCUGAUCGGAAAGACUUGACACUUUGUACAAUGCUUCAUUGCCAUUUGUAGAUGUGCAUAUUGUCGAGACAGGAGGAUCCAAUUUUUUCUUAAAAGUUGUAGUGAAUCUACGAGGGUUGGAGGAUGUAAAAUAGCUUGUGAACAGUUCUCCUAUAUGGUUUAUAAGAUAGAUUUGAAACUUUUUACAUUGCUUUAUUGCCAUUUGUAAAUGUAAAUAUUGACGGGACAGGAGGAUCCAAUUUUCCUCAAAGUUAUAGUUGAUCUAAGAGGGGUGGAGGAUACUGAAAUUGCUUAUGAACGCUUCUUCUAUCUGGCUUAUCCGAGAGACUUUCAAUUUUGUACAAUACUUGAAUGCCAUUUGCAGAUGUACAUAUUGCAGGGACAGUGGGAUCCGAUUGUUGUCCUUAAAGUUACAGUGUAUCUGAGGGGUGGAGGUUGUAAAAUAGUUUGUGAACACUUCUCCUUAGUGUGGCUUAUUGGAGUUCAUAAUGUCUACAUUUCUGCUCAUGUUUUCUCCUCCAUACCAUGCAGUAUAUGAAGGGGAGGAGGUUUCAUUUGGAGCACUUCCAAUUUGGGGAGCUGGGGAGACAUUUAUUUUUCAUAAAACAAUCUCUAGAUUCAUUAUAUGAAUGAUAAACUGUUAUACUUUUGUUUUUGUUUUGUCUGUUUGUCAAAGAAUGACACUAAAAUGUGUGUUUGGACAUACAUAAGAAAGAAGAAAGCUACAUGAUAAUCUAACAAUCCUAUGAAAGUAACGGAUAUUAGUUAGUUGGAUCCGCUAAAGUUCAGUCAAUGUUCCAUGUUUGUGGUACAUAAUAAACCCGUGUAAGAUAUCCUUGAAAAUUCAGAAGUAAUUAGCUUUUGUUCCAUAUACAAUAGACUUCGCGUUCUACAAUGCAGCAUAAACUCUUUAUGGACAGUUAGUACUUCUUACUAGAUAUAUAUGUAUAUUAAAAAUUA